AUGUGGAGUUUUUGAAUAUUGGAUUUUCUCUUGCAAUAUAAUAUUAUAAAUAAAACAAACAGUAAUUUAAGACUGAGAAGACACUGUUUUAUUGUAGGAAGUGCAAAACUAAACGUGUUUCAAAUCUGGAUGAGAGUAUCAUGAUUGCGGCAUCCGAACCCCUGGAGUUUGUGCCGCACGGUAGAACAGUAUUAGCAAAACACCCUGGGCAGAUCUAUGGUAAGGCGCAUAAUGUUUCCCCCUCGGAAAACUCCCUCUUAUACAAGUUAACCAACUUCGCAAUAAAGGAUGAGAGUUUUCUUGAAGGAAGGGAGGAGGAACAGGAGUGGUGGUGUAUCCGGGAGGUGUAUCAUCGGUCUGAUGAAGUACAAGACACUACAAAUGAACAACAAAGGGAAACGAAGUUUGAGUACGACUCAUUUCGACCUCCGAGCCGUUUGAAAAAUGACUUCAAUAUUUCUAUCAAAUCUGAAAUAUUAAGGAGCAUGCCGAAGGAAGAAAGUGUACCUUCUGGUCCAUCAAGAGGUGGCAGCGCUAACAGUUCCAGUAUGUCUAAAAAGUUUAAUCUAAACUGUUCACAAAUGAAAAGACCAAAGAAGAAACCACUUAAUCCAAAGAUUGAUUCUUAUUAUGAAGAAGAGUUGUAUGUGAAGGGAUGUACUGUUGUUUGGUCAAAAGGUCUAGUUUCAUCACCAGGAACAAAGCUAUCUGAAGCAGAACAGAGGGAGACCAUUGCUUGCUACACGAUCGACAACCCAAUCAAACAUGCUGCAUUUGCAAAUUUCCAUGUCGACAUUAAAAAUACGAUGCUAAUAGAUGCAUUAAAUUCUCAAAUAGGUGAUGUCAAAAAGAACAUCAAAAUAGAAGACAAUACAGAACACAUUGAGAGCACUAUCAUGCCGUCCAUACUUUUAAUGGACAAUAAAUGUAUGAGAGUAUUCGCAACUGACGGUAGAGAAUACAUGACGAGUAUACCAUUCCAAGUGAAGAAAGUGUGGCCUAUGAAAUAUGGAGUCUUACUGGAAAAGGAGGCAAUUCCAUCAUUCAACAAAUCCCUAUUUCCAACUUCUUUUUCCAGAUUUAAUGAAUCUCACAACAACAGCUCCUUUUCUAAAUCACGAACCAACCUUUUCAAUAUGAGCGCUAAAUUGCGAGCUGAGUCUAUAUCUGGCUUCGACCAAGACUUUCCCUUGCCAACGUGUUUCUCUCUUUCACACCCAUUGGAUGACGUCACACCUGUGCUAAUGAAGUCUCCAUCACAGGGGCUACAAUAUUACAAUGAAGGGGAUCUUCAAAUUAUGUUUGUGUCAUCUGAACCGAGUAUUAUUCUAGUCUAUGAUUGGAAGGUACAAAUACAUUCGCUAUGGAAAAUACGGAAGGCAACCCGAGAUGAAUGCUUAUCAAUGUGCCCAAACACAAAUACUACAACUUUCAGCCAGACCUGUGAUUUCGUUGGGAGUCCAAUGCACAGCAUGAAGAAUACGAGUUGGACUGUCGGUAGCCCCAUGCAGUCCAGAAAAAGCUUAGCCACUCCGACGAGAUCGAGGCAGAACAGUCCAAUGGCGAAUAUCUUUCAACAGCAGGGGUUGUCGCCUCAUACGUCGAUCGGUCAAGCGAGUUCCAUGUCUAUGAUGGCGGGUCCAAUGACCCAGGCUCCUCCUUCGUUGCCUCUCUACCCAGACAUCUGCUUGGACCACAUUUGGACCGAUAACCAAGUCAUCAAAAGAGAUCCGAUAGAAUCUCCAAGCGACAUGCAAGCAUUCCUCCAUACGGAUAUAGUCGGCUUGGACUACUUAUGUUUUAUGGUCAAAGUGUGCGGUCUGACCAAGCUUCAAAUUGUGAGGCUGCAGAAAUCUCAUUCUCAUGGCAACUCCAAGCCUAAUAUCAUAGUGGGUACUGUAUCUUCAGUCCUAGCUAAGGAUGCUGUUGUCUUGAACCAUUUGAAGAUGAUAGCACUUAUCGACGAAACUGGAAAUAUUAUCUUGCAGUCUGGAAAUAAUUUUGUGGGAAAGGUUCACGUAGGAGGUAUUCUGGCACGCCUCCUCGACUCACCGUACACUAAGCGUCCGCUCCAAUCGCCGUUCCCGCGCCGCAGCAGCCUGCUGCCGAGCCGCAGCGACGCCACGCUCGACGACCCCGCGCUGCACCUGCUGUCGCCCGUGCCGCACUCCGCCGCGACGCGCCGCCACCACACACAGGGUGUACGCCGUCUCUGCGACGCGGCGGGCUCGCGCGUGUCUGUGCGUUCGGAGGCGGGGCAGCUCUACCGCAUCGCGUUGCCGCCGCCCACCGCCGCGCCGCUCGUCGCCCGCCUCGCCGCCGCACUCGCCGCUGCGGCGCCGCGUGACGUCACCGCGCAGGUGUUAAUAAAAUGGUACGGCGUUCGAAACGCGCCGGGCACGCAAGACCUGACUCCAGAACAGGAGUGGACCAUGUUCUCCAACCUGCUAUACUCCCUCAUUGGCUACGACGUCGAGAAGUUGUCACAGAGAAAACAGAACGACGAAGAAGUAGAAGUGGUCACCAAAAAGCAGAGAACUUCUAGCGAUGGGAGCCAAGACGAUUGGGAGUAUCUUCUUACCUCGAAACUGCAUAAGGAAAUUGGGAAUCCCCUAGCGUCCAUGUUGAAUUUGAAACCGUUACAGACAGAUAAAUAUACGAGGACAGGGAAAUCUAAAUUGGAUGUAGACAUGGAGAAAGCGCCUCAAUUCAAUACUAAUGCGAUGCUGUUCCCUUAUACAGUGCAACUGUUUUAUGCUUUCCACUUAGCCUACGAAGAUUUAAAGCUAAACACUCUCCUAUCUAGUGAUUUAAAGCCCCUGUCUUCGUUUCUGUACCAGCUAUCCAAAGAUUUGCGGCUAGAAAAAUAUUCUAACUACUACUGGCUAGAUUUUCCGACAGAAUAUAGCUUCGAAAACGACGAUGAAUCCCAAAUGUCUGAGCCGGUUUUGAAGAAACUGUCCCAGCCGAACUAUUUUACAACGGAUCCGCCGAAUAUAUUUUCGUACAUCGACGCCAUGUUGAAAGAUGUCGACGUCGGAUACUAUACGUAUAUGACUGAUGUCAACAACACAACCAAGGAUAUUAUUGAGAUCCUAUGUCUUGCGGGUUACGGCGCAGGUGCGGGGGUGCGUGGUGCCGGUGCGCGGGAGGCUCCCCCCGCCAGUUCCACGCCACGCGUGCCCGCACCGUGCGCCAUGCCCGCCGCGCGUGCCGCACGCGCUGCCGCCGACCGCGGUAUGACACCUCGCGACAUCGACAACCUGCCUCCCUCCGUCUCCCUGCUGCUGCUGACCGUCCUUGCGCGCUGCAAGUCCGACCCGCCGGCGGACUGGGACGCGGCGGCGUACACGCUGGUGGGCCGCGAGGACCUGGCGCUGCAGGCGGACAUCUCCGACACGCUCACCUCCGCGCUCGAGUACUGCGAGUCCCUAGCUCUAGAAGUGCUAGAGAAAGAGACAGCGUACACGCAGACGCGGAACCCUAUAGACGAGCCGCGGGCGGAGGACAGCGACCUGGCGACGGGCAUGGAGCAUCUGUCUACUAAGCUGCUAGCGUUGCAGUACCCGAAGGAUCGCAGAAUGACGGAAGUAUUCAACCUGCUCCAAUCCUCGAUUCCCGUCAGCAUCAACCUGACGCAGCGGCCGGAGGUGUCAGACCACGAUUUCAUUGAGGAGCAGGAGAAGUAUCUGUACGCCAUCAGCACGAGGACCAUGGCGUUGCCUAUUGCCAGGGGCAUGCUAACACUCCGUAGCUUACCCUGUUCGCCCACCGAGCCCCUAACCCUGCCUCGUCUCAACGUAUCUGGCCGGGGGCCGCCCCCCCGCUGCAGCGCGGUUACCCUGGGAGGAGGGGACACUCCCCCCCACUGCCUGCUGUGGCCGACCUUCCAUAAUGGUGUUGCUGCCGGUCUAGCCCUGGUGCCGGUCACGGGAACUAAUAUACAUUCCAGUUGGAUCAUGUAUAAUAAGCCGAGGGGCACAGCGGAAAUGUCGACGGAGCACGCGGGCUUCCUGCUCGGGUUGGGUCUGAACGGCCACCUCCGUGAUAUGCCCUUCAUGAACAUGUACGACUACCUCGUGAGGUGCAACGAGAUGACCAGCAUUGGGCUGCUGCUGGGAUUGGCUGCUACUUACAGAGGUACGAUGGACGUCCAAGCCACCAAGAUGAUGAGCAUCCACCUGGAGGCGCUGCUGCCGCCGACAUCUGUGGAGCUGGACAUCCAGCAGGGUGUGCUGACCGCCGCGCUACUCGGCGUCGGCCUGCUGUACCAGGGCACCGCGCAUGACCACCUCGCCCGCGUGCUGCUCGCCGAGAUCGGCAAACCGGCCGGUGCAGAGGCGGAGUCAUGCGUAGAACGCGAGGGGGCGGCGCUAGCGGCGGGGCUCGCGCUCGGUCUAAUCUGCGCGGGCGUAGGCCCCCGGCUGGGUCUAGCUCCGCGCCUGCGCUCGCUAAUGCUGGGAGGGGCGGGGAGCAACCUGGACGUGACAGCACCGGGGGCGACGCUAGCUCUGGGGCUGCUAUACAUGAAGUCCAAUAGCGCGCCCGUAGCGGCCUGGCUCGCUCCGCCUGCGACCGCUUACUUGUUGGACACGGUGCGACCGGAUCUAUUGAUGCUGAGGAUUAUUGCAAGAGGCUUAGUGCUCUGGGACGAGAUGGAGCCGUCAGAGGAGUGGGUGGAGAAUCAAGUGCCGGCCACCAUCAAACCCUACUGCUUCGUCAAACCCACUGAAGACAACAUCGACUAUGAGGCCAUGAAUCAAGCGUACUGCAACAUAGUAGCGGGCGCGUGUUUCGCUCUCGGCCUGCGUUUCGCCGGCUCAGGUUGCGAGGACGCACGUGACACCGCACUUGCGUACGCGGCGUUAUUAGCGCGUGCGGGCGGCCCGGCCGGCGCAGCGACGUUGGACGCGUGCGCGUGCGCAUGUUUACUAGCAGCGGCUAUGGUGUGCGCAGGGCGAGGGGAUCUGAAUGUAUUGAGACUGGCGAGAAGAUUGCGUGCAAGAAAACCACUGGCGCAUUCGACACAGAUGGCGGUGCACGCCGCAAUCGGCCUGCUAUUCGUGGGCGGCGGGCGCGGGACGCUCUGUACGACGCCGUCGGCCGUCGCGUCGCUGCUAGUAGCGUUUUUCCCCAAGUUCCCCACACAUAGCGAGGAUAAUAGAUAUCACCUGCAAGCGUUCCGUCAUUUGUACGUGUUGGCGGUGGAGCCGCGGCUGCUGCUGCCGCGAGAUCUUCACACCGGCAAGCUGUGUUACGCGCAUGUACAGGUGAUAGACCUAUCGGGUGCAGUUCGUGAGAUGAAAGCGCCCUGCAUUAUUCCCGAGUUGGACACUCUGAGAGAGGUCCGGGUCAACGACCCGCGCUACUGGCCCAUCAGCUUCCAUAGGGACCAUAAUUGGGAUCAGCUGAGAACUUUCCUAGAAUACACAUGGUGCAUCGACAUCAAGCAGCGUGCUGGAUGCCUGUCCUACUCGGACGACCCUGACGGUUUCCUCACCAUACUAGCUCGAACCCUAACCCUGGAGCCGGCCAGGGUCUGGUCAGCAUCAGAGAACAUUGAAUUGUUCACCAACGAUGAGAAGAUAAGGAACUUCGUCAAGCAUUACUUGGGAGAAAGCGCGGUGGGGAUGUGUGGAGAUUGUUUGGCUACAGCUAAAAAGAAGAAAGGCAUCAAAUCGGACAUGAUAUCCAGGCAAUGUCUAUGUCGAAAACCCUCAAAGGCCGAGCAGGAGUACAUACAAGCGCUCAGUAUGUUGACGUACGAAUGUGUGGUUAAAGAUAUACUGUGCGCGUUGCCUGUAUGGACCACUUUCUUGAAGAUCAUAAAAACGAUGAAGACAGAGCCGACAUCAUAUCACAUGUGGCAGAUAAAAUUGCUGCUAUCUCAAAUAGACGCCCAUCACAAACGAAGCAAUACAGACAUGACCGUAGACGGCACAGAAACUAACGAACCCCUCGUAUCUACACAGUUCGUCGUAGCAAUCAAGCAAAAAGUAGCCAAUAUCUUUGAUAAAUGGGAAGGAAAGAUCACUCCGUAUUUAAGAAAAUACCUUGGGCUACCCAGUAGUAGAAACAUUAAUAGCUGCGAAGAAGAUAUCAAGAGGAUGCUCAGCACAUACGUAGUGUAUCAUGAUUUACCUCGAAGUGUGUUAAGGAAUGUAGAUGAUGAACUGUCUUUAGUGCUGUGUAGUGAAUUAAACUUGAGUGCGGAGGCGGUUAGUAAGAUAGAAGCAUUGGUGAGAUGAUGCAAGCCGCCCGGCCGGUAUGUUACUAGGUCGCAGUGUAGGGGGGACUGUGUUCACGACUGGUGUUAGACUGACUAAUGAUAAGUGUUUCUAGAUAUGAUAUAACUGCCAGCAGACUUAGACUGGCCAUAGACGGACCGCAUCUUGCAGUCAAAACCGACUUUU